ACUUUUGUAAUAGCGCAUGCGCUAUGGCUUCUAUAUUCUAUAGAUCUGUGUAUUCUGCCUAUGGUUCACAGUAUCGGUAUUCAGCAGUUGCAGUAGUCUGCGAUAGCAGGAAGGACGUAAAAUCUGAGACCCCAAGGCAAACCUAACACGUAUGUACAGAGGGAAAUUACUCAAGCAGUUGAUCCUAAAAGAGAUACAAACAGUUGACUUGGAGUCAACGAGUGGAGGACACCAUCGCCGACGCCACUUUUGGGUUGUCGAUUAUUCGACGUUUUUCUAUCGUAAAAUUUAAAAUCUUUCAACACCGAUCACAGGAUGUCCGGACGGGACGGUGGGAAGAAAAAACCAUUGAAAGCACCCAAGAAAGAAUCAAAGGAUUUAGAUGAGGAAGAUGUUGCAUUCAAGCAAAAGCAGAAGGAACAGCAAAAGGCCUUGGCAGAGGCCGCAAAGAAAGCAGGUCAGAAAGGACCCCUGGUCAGCGGUGGCAUCAAAAAAUCUGGAAAGAAGUGACCCCACACACUCAUCUGCUGGGAAAAUACUCUGCAAAACUCUCAACAGCUGCCUAAAUGAAAUAAUAAUCAUUAAAUCACAAUAAUGGAAAUUUCUGAACUCUAUGUAUCGUUCGUUUAUCUACAAUCCUACAAAGUUUCAUGGAUCUUAAACUCUUGCAAAUAAAAAACUUUACAUACAA